AUGUACACAAUCACCACACUCAACUCGAUGCAGGCCCAUUCAGAGCAGAUCAACCCCGACUUCAUUGAUCAUCAAAACCGUACCGACCAGAGCCGGCCUCCCAGCGACAUUCCAUGGUACAGCGACGACGAAGAGCUAUCCCCUAGAGCCUCGAAAUACUUUAGUGAACUCUUUGCCCUUUAUACAGAGCGAGAAGAUACUGAGAGCCCAGCAGUAGGCAAUUCUUAUGCUGCAUCCCAGACAGCUAAGGCUUCUACAACCACCCUUUUCCCCCAAACCAUUGGGCACAAAAAGUCGUUGGCAAGUGCUGACGUUGUACAGCACCAACCCAAACGAGACGACGCCAUGCGUGGUCAAAAUCAGACAUUCUUCAAGAAGCACUAUCAAAAGGCUAAAGAGAUCUACCAAAAUGGCCCACCAGGUGAGGCUCAGCUGUUCUGGGAAGGCAUAAAAAGCUAUCUCAAAGAAAGAGACAAUGGCGAAGUCCUUGAGAUAUGUCCACCCGUGCAGAAGAAUGUAGCUGUUCAGCAGCCACCAACGUCUGCUAGUCGCCCACUUCCUUCUAGGGCACAAAAGAUAGCUGAUGUUACAGACAAGCGACGAGCACAACACGACUCUGCAGUGUCCUAUAGUAACAUAUCACUUACAUCAUGCGAAGUACCCAUCAAGUUUCAACAGACCGUCCUCACGGUAGACUUGAACAAACCUCUUCCUCCAGCUCCUCCGUUGAGCACAGCACCUAAGCGGGGGCCACAGAAGGUCAAAGAGAAGGCCGCCCACGUGCUAGUAGACGAGCGGACGAACUUUGUUCAAACACCUUCAAACGUCGACAUGCAUAGCAAGGCUAAGUCUAAACCAAGCAAACAGGAGAAAGCGCACAACGCACUCAAAGCUAAGAUCUCUCGCCCCAUCCCUAUAUCAGACCCUGUCAGCUGCUCUCCAACCCUGCCUCGUUCCUACCCAAGCUUGAGCGAGAAGGCGAAAGGUAAGCAGAAAGUUCCUUCGUCGCCGGCCUGGCUCAACAAGCUCGCGCAUCCAGCAUUGCCUGCGACAUUCAAGGGUGCAAAGCGAACAGAUUCAGAUGAUAGCUUUAUUUGCCAGGGUAUAGAUGAGCAGAUUGACUAUAGUACGUACAUCGGCGACGGAGUGCUGAGCGUGCAGGAGGGCGGGCCUAGGAUGAGGACAGGUGAGAACUCUGGGGGGAUGCUGCGGCCUGCAGCGCUUCUCACGCGCAAGAAAGAUGAUAGCUAUCAUGACGUUGAUAAUCAGUGGUCGGAUCAGAAGACCACUGCCUCCGACUAUUUUGUUGCGGCGUCGAACGGCAGGAAGGUGGUACACGCUGUCGAUCGUGACAACGUGACCCGUGAGAUUCGUGGCUCAACGCAGAUGUCUCACCUCGCAAGCAAGGUAAGGUGGCAAUCCGGUAGAUACCGACACCGCUUUAUUGCAAUGUUCCUCGGCUGGAAUAACAUGCAUAUGGAUGGCUGGCUUGUCGCGAUCGAGAAGUGCUUUCGAGAGGGGGAUUGCCUACCUUGUCCAAUACCAAGAGCUGCACAAUAUGCAAAAUGCGACCACGCUUUGCAGGUACAACGUGGACGACUUCAGAGGGCUGUCGAGGAUGCCAGCACACUAACUUUCCACGCCCGUUGA